AUUUCUAUAGUUCUUCGCUUUUGCCUUCUACGCAAAUUUAGUGCGACUUAUUGUUAGUGUUUUUGUGACUAUUAAGUGUUAACUAUUGAGUAUUUUUUAUUUGUGUACGGUAUCUUUGAAUUAUUAUGUUCAUUGCAUAAAUACCUGGGUUAAUAAAAUUAAUAUAAAUAAUAUAAUAUUGUAUACAUUAUGAGUUUCCUGGGUAAGCUUUUCGGUAGCAAAAAAGAAGAGAAAGGGCCAUCAACCGAAGAUGCUAUACAAAAGCUACGAUCCACUGAAGAAAUGCUGAUAAAAAAACAAGAAUUUUUAGAAAAAAAAAUCGAACAGGAAGUAGCGAUAGCAAAAAAAAAUGGUACAACAAAUAAACGAGCUGCAUUGCAAGCAUUGAAGCGUAAGAAACGGUAUGAACAACAAUUAGCUCAAAUUGAUGGUACUAUGUUAACUAUUGAACAACAACGAGAGGCGUUAGAAGGUGCAAACACAAAUACAGCAGUAUUAACCACGAUGAAAACUGCUGCGGAUGCACUCAAGUCGGCUCAUCAAAAUAUGAAUGUCGAUGAUGUUCACAAUAUGAUGGACGAUAUAGCAGAGUCACAAGAUUUAUCAAAAGAAAUAUCAGAAGCCAUUUCAAAUCCAGUUGCAUUUGGAACCGAUGUAGAUGAAGAUGAAUUACAAAAAGAAUUGGAAGAGCUAGAACAAGAAGAACUGGACAAAGAGUUGUUGAAUACAGGCAAGACACCUGUCAACGAUUUGCCAACGCCUGCAGUGCCAACAUUUGAUCCCAGUGGCCGGGGCAAAGCAAAAACCAAAGUUGAAGAAGAUGAUGACGAAAUGAAAGAAUUAGCUAAUUGGGCUUCAUAAAAAUUAUUUAAAAUGCUUUUAUUAAAAUAUUUGAUGGUAAACAUGAUAAGAAAAAUAUUUUUAAAUUUAUAAAUGAUCAUUUUAUUUGCUAUUAUGUUAUUAUAUAGAUACUAUUUAACACGAAUUUACUGUCAA